UCCGUUUCCAAUAAUUGUUGCUGCCGAUGCAGGCUUGGCUUGCAAUUGAGUCCACCAAUAACGAAGGAGAGCAAGGAAGCAGGAAGAAGCGGAAAGCCAUCCAUCCGCCCCCCCAUCAAUGGCAAUCAAACCUGAGACUCGCCUGUGCGCCGUCACCUUCUUUGCGAAACUGCAUCCGGGCGAUGUCUGCGGCAGUAAUGGCUUGCCGCUCACCCCAAACUCGAUAGCGAUUCUGGGGCGUGCCCAGCGGCUGAAGGAGUUGCAGGAUGAGCACCUGUGCCAGUAUCUAGAUGUUAUUCGCGGCAAGCAUGAACGAACCAUUGUCGUAUCGGAGUACGUGGGCUGCUCCCUGGAAGAGCAUGUGAAGCGACACCCCCCGCUCAGUCUCGCACAAAUCUUGCGCAUCUUUUACCAGGUGGCCUGCGGCAUCAAUGUCCUCAGCCAGCAUCAUCUGGUGGCCCACAACCUGGAGCCAAAGAACAUUCUGAUCGCACCGGACGGACGACUGAAGCUCUUCAACUACGGCCUCUAUUUCAUGACCAAGGGCGGUGCCUAUGUGCCGUUUCCCGUGGGCAACAUCCGCUACAUGGCACCGGAACGACUGCUCGGCCUCAAUGGGAACGUCAAGAGCGAUGUGUGGGCCCUGGCCAUGCUUGUGGCGGAGCUGGUGCUGGGGCUGCAGCUCUGGCCAAAGCUGAAAAUCUCGAAUGUAGUGAGGAAAGUACUCGCCUUCGCCAGGAGUAACAAUGUGCUGGAGAAGAUCGCCCGGGAGCAUCAGUGCUUCGAGGUCUACCAGAACAUGGAUGCAGGGCUGCGGCAGCUGCUGGAGAAAUGUCUCCACGCUAGUCCCGGCCAGCGACCACUGCCCAGGGAGCUGCUGGCCAAUAAAUGUUUCGCGGACAUCCUGCAGGCAGAGCAGGAACAAGAGAAGGCCAAAGAAGAUGAGUCGAAACAGCAGCUGGAGUCCCAUUUACCGCCUCUCCCGCUGCUCCUGCGGUGUCCGCUGUCGCAAAUCUAUCACCUCUGGCAGCUGGCCGGUGGCGAUGUCCAGGCGGAGCUCAAAAAGGAAGGCCUCAUCCGCAGCGAGGCACCCAUCCUGGGCCUGCCGCAGAUCGUGCGUCUGAAUGGAGCCAGCGUCUGUCCGACUCGCAGCCAGUCGCACCUGAUGGACGAUCGCGUGGUGCCGCUCAAGCUGCAGGCCCUGCUACAGCGUCUCAGCCAGCUGCCGGCCUGUGUAUACUUCCCGCUUCUCCACUCGCCGCGCUUCACGUCCCAGCAUCAACAGUUUGUCCUCGAGCUGCAGCAGCUGCCGCUGGUCAUUAGAGAGCGCGACAUCGAGUACCAGUUCCAUCGCGUGCGUCUGUUCGCCCGCCUGCUGCAAGCCUAUCCCUACACGGCCGAGCUGCUGCAGCGGGAGGCGGCCAUCGAUAUUCCGCCGCUGCUGCGAGGUGCUGUCUGGGCUGCCCUGCUGGAGGUGGUGCCGAACAGCGGCUAUGGGAAGAUUGACAAGUUCACGCCAACGUCGACGGACAGGCAGAUCGAGGUAGACAUUCCGCGAUGCCACCAGUACGACGAGCUCUUGUCCUCGCCCGACGGCCACCGGAAGUUGAGGCGACUGCUCAAGGCCUGGGUGACGGCCCAUCCACAGUAUGUCUACUGGCAGGGCCUGGACUCGCUUACGGCACCCUUUCUCUAUCUGAACUUCAACAAUGAGGAGUUGGCCUUUCUGAGCCUCUUCCGAUUCAUACCGAAGUACUUGCACUGGUUCUUCCUCAAGGAUAACUCGGCCAUCAUCAAGGAGUAUCUGAGCAAGUUCUCGCAGCUAACAGCCUUCCACGAGCCGCUCCUCGCCCAGCAUUUAUCCAGCAUCAGUUUCAUUCCUGAGCUCUUUGCCAUUCCCUGGUUCCUGACCAUGUUCUCUCAUGUGUUUCCGCUGCACAAGAUCCUGCACUUGUGGGACAAGCUGAUGCUGGGCGACAGCUCGUAUCCGCUGUUCAUCGGCAUCGCCAUUCUGCGGCAACUGAGGAGUACACUGCUCGACUCGGGCUUCAACGAGUGCAUACUGCUCUUCUCCGAUCUGCCCGACAUCGUGAUGGAAACCUGUGUGAUUGAGUCGCAGAAGAUGUACGAGGCGACACCAAAGAGCAUUACGCAUCGCCAGCACGCCCUGCGCUCCCAGCCGCCCCAGUCUCUGGACAUCGGCCUGACUGAUGUGGAGCUGAAGCAUCUGCAGCUGGAGCAGUGUCCUCGCAUCAGUGCCAAAGAUGUGCAGCAUUUGCUGCUCCAUUCCCCCGACGAUUUGGCCCUCAUCGAUCUGCGGAGCGUGGUCGACUACGGACAUGUGCAUGUACCGCACAGCAUCAACAUACCGUUCGCGACGGUGCAGCUGGGCGAGCAGCGUCUGGAGGCGCUAAAUGUCCCACAUCUGGAGGCGCAGCUGCGGGGAAGGAUUGUGGUCUGUGUGAGCGUCAUUCAUCAGAAUGCAGUGGAGUUCUCGCACUUUCUGGUGGCCUGCGGCGUCCAACGCACUUGCAUUCUACACAAGGGAUUCAAUGUCCUGCACUCCAUCGAGCCGAAUAUACUCAUCUCGAAUUGAUCGAUCGAACGCCUAUAUGCAUCGUCCUCUCAUCGCUACACUUCCCGUUCGGCUAGCCUAAGCGCACGCACUGUACAAUAUUGAUAUUUUGUAAAAUGCUACAUAUAGUCCUUUUCGUAUGUUGAUGUAUUGUACCAUAUAUGUAUGUGUAGGUAAUAUUUAUAACCUUUGAACACGGUA